AUGGCUUCCUCCCGGCGUUUCCUUCUCCUCCUCGCCGUCGUCGCCUCGCUAUGUGCCACGGUGGUCGCUCAGAGCGUGCUGCCGUUCGCGCCUUCUUGCUCGACUGCAGAUAACUACACCGAUGGCAGCCAGUACAAGAAGAACCUGGACCAGCUCCUCGCCGGCCUCCCCGCGGCAGCAGGAAGCAACGGCUGGUUCUACAACGGCACGGCCGGGGCGCCGGGGACAGCCGACCAGGUCUUCGGCCUCAUCAUGUGCUACGCCGACCGCAAUGCGUCGCAGUGCCAGGAGUGUCUCGCCGGAGCUCGCGCCGGGAUCAUGACGGUGUGCCCCGGAAGCCGGACCGUGCGCGCGGCAUACGACGCGUGCGUGCUCCGGUACAAGCCGGCGCCGCCCUUCGCCGGGACAGCCAACCUCGACGUGGCCUUCUACGUGACCUUCACCGCGCCCUUCCCGAUCAACCCGGACACCAUGGCCGGGGCGUGGCUACGGCUGACGUCCGACCUCACGGGGCGCGCUGCCGGGACACCGUCGCGGAUCGCCAACGGGAGCACGCCGUACGACGCGUCGUGGCAGGUGUACGGGCUGGGGCAGUGCACGAGGGACCUCAACGCCAGCGAGUGCAGCCGGUGCCUCUCCUCCGUUGUUGGCAAGCUGCCGGAGCUGUUCCAGAAUCAGUCCGCCGGCGCCGUCAAGGCAUACAGCUGCUAUCUGCGCUACCAGAUUGGCGCCUUCGACAUCACCCUGCCGCCUGAACCGUUGCAGCCACCACCACCGCCGUCGUCAUCUUCACAGCCUGAAACGCCGCCGCCACCGCCGCCAUCGUCAAGAACAGGGCUUGUGAUUGGCCUCUCUGUCGGCUCUGUAGCGUUCAUGAUCCUACUGGGCUCCUUGAUUUGUAUUUCCCUACGACGGCGGCGGCGAAAGCAAGCUAGAAUCCUUGAGGAGGAAAGGGAGCAGCAGCUGGAAGAGGGCAGCUUCUUCGAUGGCGACGACCCAGCCAUGGAGGACGACUUCCAAAGAGGGACCGGGCCGAAGCGAUUUCGCUACGGCGAGCUCGCCAUCGCCACCGACAACUUCUCGGACGGGAAGAAGCUCGGGGAAGGAGGAUUCGGCUCGGUGUACAGAGGACAUAUCCAGGAAUCCAACCUCGAGGUGGCCAUCAAGAGAGUCUCAAAAGGCUCCAAGCAGGGGAGGAAGGAGUACGCCUCCGAGGUGAAGAUCAUAAGCCGGCUCCGGCACAGGAACCUGGUGCAGCUCAUCGGCUGGUGCCACGGCGGCGGCGAGCUCCUCCUCGUCUACGAGCUGAUGCCCAACGGCAGCCUCGACACGCACCUCUACGGUGGCAACAAUGCUCCCGUGCUGCCAUGGCCGGCCAGGCAUGAGAUUGUGCUGGGACUAGGCUCUGCCCUUCUGUACCUUCACCAGGAGUGGGAGCAGUGCGUCCUGCACAGGGACAUCAAGCCGAGCAAUAUCAUGCUGGACUCCUCCUUCGCUGCCAAGCUCGGUGACUUUGGGCUCGCCAGGCUCGUCGACCAUGGGCGGGUUUCGCACACCACGGUGCUCGCCGGCACCAUGGGGUACAUGGACCCGGAAUGCAUGAUGACCGGCAAGACAAACGCCGAAUCAGAUGUCUACGGCUUCGGUGUGGUCCUCCUUGAGAUUGCCUGCGGCAAGCCGCCUCUGGUGAAGGCUCGGCACAAGGACGGCGACACAAUCCACCUGGCUCAAUGGGUCUGGGACUGGUACGGCGGGGGAACGAUCCUUGAGGCUGCCGACGAGCGGCUGGAAGGAGAGUUCAUCGACAAGGAAAUGGAGUGUGUGUUGAUCGUCGGGCUCUGGUGCGCUCACCCCGAUCGGAGCCUGAGGCCAUCGAUCAGGCAGGCCAUCAACGUGCUGCGCUUUGAGGCCCCGCUGCCGAGCCUACCGGAGAGGAUGCCGGUGGCGACCUUCAUGCCACAGGUUGGUGCUUUCACUUACACAUCUUCGGCUGCGACCGGUGGCAGCAGCACCACUGGCACGUCUUCAGCUGCAACAGGCGUCAGCAGCAGCAGCAGCGCCGGCACCAAUGUAUCAGCAAGCUCGACUGAAACGUCCUCCUUGCUGAAAUGAGAAGCAGAUCAAUGGGCCUUUUCUUUUUCGACCAGAUUAGCGGUAGCAUCAAAUUGAUUUUUGACUAUCUGUACAAAAUAC